GCCGUCACCUGACUUGGUGACUCACCAGCUGCCGCGCUUCCUCCGACCCGGGCCCCCGGGCGGAAAGUCGGGUCCCGAGGAUCCGGCUAGGCAGACCCGGCGGAGAGCAGCCGAGCGGCCAUGGAGCUGCGCGGGCUGGGGCUGCUCCGGCUGCCCAUGCUGCUGGCGCUGCUGUUGGCGACGCUGCUGGCGGCAGUGUUGGCGCUGCUUACUCAGGUGGCGCUGGUGGCGCAGGCGGCUCGGACCCCGGGCGUCUUGGUCCAGCCCGGGCCGGCGCUGUGGCCCCUGCCGCUCUCGGUGAAGAUGACCCCGAACCUGCUGCGCCUCGCCCCGGAGAACUUCUACAUCAGCCACAGCCCCAAUUCCACGGCGGGCCCCUCCUGCACCCUACUGGAGGAAGCGUUUCGGCGAUAUCAUGACUAUAUUUUUGGUUUCUACAAGUUGCAUCAUGAACCUGCUGAAUUCCAGGCUAGAACCCAGCUUCAACAACUUCUUGUCUCAAUCACCCUUCAGUCAGAGUGUGAUGCUUUUCCCAACAUAUCUUCAGAUGAGUCUUAUACUUUACUUGUGAGAGAACCAGUGGCUGUCCUGAAGGCCAACAGAGUUUGGGGAGCAUUACGAGGUUUAGAGACCUUUAGCCAGUUAGUUUAUCAAGAUUCUUAUGGGACUUUCACCAUCAAUGAAUCUACCAUUAUUGAUUCUCCAAGGUUUUCUCAUAGAGGAAUUUUAAUUGAUACAUCCAGACACUAUCUGCCAGUUAAGAUUAUUCUUAAAACUCUGGAUGCCAUGGCUUUUAAUAAGUUUAAUGUUCUUCACUGGCACAUAGUUGACGACCAGUCUUUCCCCUAUCAGAGCAUCGCUUUUCCUGAGUUAAGCAAUAAAGGAAGCUAUUCUUUGUCUCACAUUUAUACACCAAAUGAUGUCCAUAUGGUGAUUGAAUAUGCCAGAUUACGAGGAAUUCGAGUCCUGCCAGAAUUUGAUACCCCUGGACAUACAUUAUCUUGGGGAAAAGGUCAGAAAGACCUCCUGACUCCAUGUUACAAUAGAAAAAACAAGUUGGACUCUUUUGGACCUAUAAACCCUAUUCUGAAUACAACAUACAGCUUCCUUACUACAUUUUUCCAAGAAAUUAGUGAGGUGUUUCCAGAUCAGUUCAUUCAUUUGGGAGGAGAUGAAGUGGAAUUUAAAUGUUGGGAAUCAAAUCCAAAAAUUCAAGACUUCAUGAGGCAAAAAGGCUUUGGCACAGAUUUUAAAAAACUUGAAUCUUUCUACAUUCAAAAGCUUUUGGAUAUUAUUGCAACCAUAAAAAAGGGAUCCAUUGUCUGGCAGGAGGUUUUUGAUGAUAAAGUGAAGCUUGAGCCAGGCACAAUAGUUGAAGUGUGGAAAGACAGCAGGUAUCCUGAGGAACUCAGUAGAGUCACAGCGUCUGGCUUCCCUGCAAUCCUUUCUGCUCCUUGGUACUUAGAUUUGAUUAGUUAUGGACAAGAUUGGAGGAAAUACUAUAAAGUGGAACCUCUUGAUUUUGGUGGUACACAGGAACAGAAACAACUUGUCAUUGGUGGAGAAGCUUGUCUAUGGGGAGAAUAUGUGGAUGCAACUAACCUCACUCCAAGAUUAUGGCCUCGGGCAAGUGCUGUUGGUGAGAGACUCUGGAGUUCCAAGGAUGUCAGAAAUCUGGAUGAUGCCUAUGACAGACUGACAAGGCACCGCUGCAGAAUGGUCAAACGUGGAAUAGCUGCACAACCUCUUUUUGCUGGAUAUUGUAACCAUGAGAACAUGUAAAAAUGGAGG